AUGCAUUUUGGUAUCUUUCUCCAAUGUCUUUGUUUUCAACAUAGGGUUAUGGACAACAAUCAGACCACGGUGACAAAUUUCAUUCUGCUGGGAUUUCUUGUUAGCCCUAAGAUGCACCUAGUUCUUUUUGGGCUCUUCCUCCUACUCUAUACCUUCACUCUGCUGGGAAAUGGAGUCAUCCUGAUGCUGAUUUGUCUUGACUCCCGACUCCAUACUCCUAUGUACUUCUUCCUUUCACAACUGGCUAUUGUUGACAUCUCUUAUGCCUCAAACACUGUCCCUCAAAUGCUGGCAAAUCUCCUGGAUCCAACCAAGCCCAUCUCCUUUGCAGGUUGCAUAAUGCAAGCCUAUCUCUUUAUGGCAUUUGCCCACAUUGAAUGUCUUCUUCUGGUGAUGAUGAGUUAUGACCGGUAUGUGGCAAUCUGCCAUCCCCUCAGAUACAAACUCAUUAUGAGGUGGGAAGUGUGUAUUGCACUGGCUAUCAUAUUCUGGGCAUUUGGAUCCAUCCUGGCAUUGAUCCAUGUGCUUCUCGUCCUUAGGUUGCCCUUCUGUGGUCCUUGGGAAGUCAACCACUUCUUCUGUGAAAUCCUAUCUGUCCUGGAACUUGCCUGUACAGACAUAUGGCUCAACAAAUUAGUCAUCUUUGUUGCUUGUGUGUUUAUCUUAGUUGGACCCCUCUGCUUAGUCCUAAUCUCCUACACCCAUAUCCUUAGUGCUAUCUUGAGAAUCAAGUCAAGGGAAGGACAAAAGAAAGCCUUCUCUACUUGCUUGUCACACCUCUGUGUGGUUGGGCUUUUCUUUGGGAGUGCCAUCAUCACUUACAUGGCCCCUAAGUCAAGGAACUCUGGGGAGCAACAGAAAAUUCUCUUCUUGUUUUACAGCUUCUUUAAUCCUACCUUAAAUCCUCUGGUGUACAGCCUGAGAAAUGCAGAAGUAAAGGGGGCCCUAAGGAGAUUGCUUAGGAAGGAGUGA